AUGGAGAGGUCCCUGGAAUUGGCCAACAUGUCCAGAGUCCACGAAUUCAUCCUACUGGGUUUGUCUACCAGGCCAGACAUAAGGAUCUGCCUGUUUGCCGUCUUCCUGAUGCUCUACCUGCUGACCCUCCUGGAGAACAUGCUCAUCGUCUACCUCACCUGCAGCCACACUGAGCUGCACAAGCCCAUGUACUUCUUCCUGGGCAACCUGAGCUGCCUGGAGAUGUGCUACGUGUCGGUGACCAUGCCCAGCCUGCUCGUGGGGCUGAGGUCCAGUCCAUGCCAUGUGCCCUUCACGGCCUGUGUAAUGCAGCUGUUUUUAUUCAUCUCCCUCAUUUGCACCAAGUGCACGCUCCUGGCCUCCAUGGCCUACGACCGCUAUGUGGCCGUCUGCCGCCCACUCCACUACCCGCUGCUCAUGCGGCCCCAGGUCUGCCUGGGCUUGGCCGCGUCCUCGUGGCUUGGUGGGCUGCUGGUCUCGGUGAUCAAGACGUCGUGCAUCGCCAGCCUGUCCUACUGUGGCCCCAAUGUCCUCAACCACUUCUUCUGCGAUGUCUCCCCUCUGCUCAACCUGUCCUGCACCCACGUGGCCCUGACAGAGCUGGUGGACUUCAUCUCUGCCAUUGCCAUCUUCUGUGGGUCGUUACUAGUGGCUCUGGCCUCGUAUGUGGCCAUCGGGAGUGCUGUGCUCCGCAUGCCUUCAGCCGCUGCCCGCUGCAAAGCCCUCUCCACCUGCGCCUCCCACCUGAUUGCGAUGGGCAUCUUCUACUCAGUGGUCCUCUUCAUGUAUUCCCAGCCCAGCCACAUCGAGUCCACGGACCUCAACAAGGUGCUGUCCGUCAUCUACACGGUGGCCACGCCCAUGUGCAGCCCCAUCAUCUACUGCCUGCGGAACAGGGAGGUCCACGCGGUGCUGCGGAAAACCCUCCACCCACGCUGGGUCUCUCCACCAAGAACCGAUGUUUCCCACUACUGA